AUGCGGGGCACCACUGCCCUGUCCCAGGCGAUCAAGAUCCAUUCCUCCAUGAGAGUGCACGCCGGCGAUGUCUUCCUCUCGAACCGGCUCAUCGAGAUGUAUGGCAAUUGCGGCAGCGUGAAGCACGCGAGGGAGAUCUUCGACGAGAUGCGCGACCGCAAAAACGAUUUCUCCUGGACAUCUAUGUUCCUGGCGUGCACGGGCAACGGCGAGGUGGAAGACGCGAGAGAGCUCCUGGAUCAAAUGCCAGGCCAGAAGAACAUCAUCCUCUGGACAGCGCUGAUCGUUGCGUAUGGCAGCAAGGGGCGAACGGAAGAAGCCAAGGCCCUGUUUGAUCAGAUGCCGCAGUGGGAUCUUGUUUCCUGGAACGCCAUCCUGGCAGCAUUUGCCCAAACUAGAGAUUUACAAGAAACAAGAGGGAUUUUUUAUGCCAUGCCGGAACGCAACGUUGUGUCCUGGACGGCGAUGCUGGAUUGCCUAUCGCAUAGGCCGGAAUCCGCAAAACUGGUUUUUCAUAUGAUGCCAGAGAGGGAUCUUGUGGCGUGGAAUGCCAUGCUUUCAGCAUAUGCCCAAUCUGGGCAUAUGUACGAGGCUACACAAGUGUUUGCCAAGAUGCCCGAAAGGAACAUUGUAACUUGGACGCUGAUGUUAGAUGCUUUUCUGCAAGAUUCGAAGCUCGUGGAGGCUGAACUUCUUUUCAAAAAGAUGCCAGAGAUCAACCUUGUAUCAGUAACCACAAUGCUGACAGCAUAUGCUCGUUUGGGGCAUCUUGACGACGCUCGAAAGCUGUUUGAUUCUUUGCCGGUGUUGAGCGUUAUUGCUUGGAACUCUCUUCUAGUUGCUCAUGCGGAAAGGGGAGAGGUGGAAGAAGCAAAGCUUGUGUUUGAUUCUAUGCCCGAGAGGGAUUUGAUCUGCUGGAGUUCGAUGGUGGCGGCGUAUGCUCGAAGUGGCGAUAUCUCCAGCGCGAGGGCGGUGUUUGACUCAAUGCCGCAGCGGGAUCUCAUCGCCUGGACAGCGAUACUAGUCGCCCACGCCGAGAAUUGCCGCGACCUAGAGCAAUCCAAGCUCCUGUUCGAUGUGAUGCCGGAGAGAGACCUUGUUGCGUGGAAUGCAAUGCUGGGCGCAUAUGGCAAUGUCGAUUCUGGAGGAAAACUCGGCGAGGCUCUAGCAAUAUUCGUGGAGAUGCCCGAGAAAGAUCUUGUCUCUUGGAACACGUUGCUGGGGGCGUAUGCCCGGAUCGGGCAUAUCGCCGCUGCCAAGCGAGUGUUCGCCACCAUGCCCGAGAGAAAUGUCGUGUCUUGGAGCUCCCUGCUCGCUGCUCACACCCAAAACUCUUGCCAGUCCAUCGAGAUCGUCGACACGUUUGGCGAGCUCAAGCUUGUGGACCACCCUGAUCAAGUGUGCUUCACGCUCGCGCUCAUCGCGUGUAGCCGCUUGGGAGAGCUCCAAUCGGCCAUGCGGUUCUUCGCGUCCUCCAUCGCCGACUAUGGGAUUGAGGCUACAAAGCAGCAUUACUGCUGCCUGGCCGAUGUGCUCGCACGAGCCGGGCAUUUGCGACAGGCCCAAGAUCUCCUCCAUGCCAUGCCAUUCGUUCCAAGCUCGGUGGAGUGGCUGUGCUUGCUCGCUGCGUGUAAGAACCGGCGCGAGAUCACGGACUUGCAAGCACAAAGAUUUUUCCCCGCGGACCAUGGAGCAGCAUUGGCUCUCGUCGCGAACGCGUAUUGUCGAUCGUCCAGGCCACCAAGGGUGGGAUUGUGA